AUGCUGCCCAGCCUAUCCAAGCCAUUCGCAGUCACUGAGGCUGCACUUCCGAGCUCGCCGUCCCUCGCUCAAGUCAGCGCCGCCCGUGCUGACGGAACAGACUGCGCCCAUACUUCUGAGAGAGCAACUGAUCCCAGUGCAGAAGAGGCAUGCUCUAUUCCCCUCCCCGAGGACUCUGGUGACUCCUGUGAUGAAAGCAUGGACACCACAAGCACCCGCAAACGUGCGCGCGACGACGAAGGUGGCGACGAAGCACCGCGCAAGAUGCCGCCACUGUUUCUCACACCAAACAAGGUGCAAACGACGAGAGACACCGCGUCUCCCACGGCGGCCGACGCUGCUGCGGAAGCAGGUCUGACUCGUGUCUCUAGAAGGGAGAUUCACAGUUCCCCUAACCCCAACCAGACGCCCCCUCCACCUGGAGCCUCCGAAGUUGUUGCAGCCUCGCCCGCGCCUGCCGGAGUGAUGGCCACUAAACAGUACACCCCCGAAGGCAAUUCUCCUGCACUUUCGCCCUCGAGACCUCUCGUACCAGCCCCUGAGGAUGGCUUCGCGGUCGUCCAAAGGCGUAAUUAA